UUGCGAGGCGGCAUGAUGUUGAUAUACGGGGGCCUCGUAAACACACUACAUGAAAGCAAGUGAAGAUGGCGGAUGUGUUGAGCGUUCUUCGUCAGUAUAACAUCCAGAAAAAAGAAAUAGUAGCUAAAGGGGAUGAGGUGAUAUUUGGAGAGUUCUCUUGGCCAAAAAAUGUCAAGACCAACUACAUAAUCUGGGGAACUGGCAAAGAGGGCCAACCCAAAGAGUACUAUACUUUGGACUCCAUUUUAUUCCUGCUAAACAAUGUGCAUCUGCCGCAUCCAUCGUAUGUGCGAAGAGCUGCAACAGAAAACAUCCCUGUUGUUAGACGACCGGAUCGAAAGGGAUUGCUGUCCUACCUCAAUGGCGACAGUUCGACAUCAACGAGCAUUGACAGAAGUGCACCCAUAGAAAUAGGUCUUCAAAGACCAACACAAGUUAAAAGAGCAGCUGAUGAAGUGUCUUCUGAGGCCAAAAAACCAAGGAUUGAGGAUGCAGAACGAGUGCGUCUGGACAAGGAACGCCUGGCUGCCCGCCUGGAGGGUCACAAAGAAGGCAUCGUGCAGACAGAUCAGAUCAGAUCAUUGUCUGAGGCCAUGUCAGUGGAGAAAAUUGCAGCCAUCAAAGCCAAGAUUAUGGCCAAGAAGCGUUCGACCAUUAAAACCGAUCUGGAUGAUGACAUUACACUGAAACAGAGAAGCUUCGUGGAUGCAGAGGUGGAUGUCACCAGAGAUAUCGUUAGCCGCGAGAGGGUUUGGAGGACCCGGACGACCAUCCUUCAGAGCACUGGAAAGAACUUCUCCAAGAACAUCUUUGCCAUUCUUCAGUCAGUGAAAGCCAGAGAGGAAGGGCGAGCACCAGAGCAAAGACCUGCACAAAACACUGCACAAGUGGACCCGUCCUUAAGGAACAAGCAGCCUGUCCCAGCUGCCUACAACAGAUACGAUCAGGAGCGAUUCAAAGGAAAAGAAGAAACGGAGGGUUUCAAAAUCGAUACUAUGGGAACCUACCAUGGCAUGACCUUGAAGUCGGUGACGGAAGGAGCAUCUGCCCGGAAGGCCCAGACCCCGGCGCUACAGCCAGUAGCCCGUCCAGUUUCACAAGCUAGACCUCCACCAAAUCAGAAGAAAGGAUCCCGAACCCCCAUCAUCAUCAUCCCUGCUGCCACCACCUCCCUGAUCACCAUGCUCAAUGCUAAGGAUCUUCUGCAGGAUCUGAAGCUUGUUACAUCAGAGGACAAGAAGAAGCAGGGCAUCCAGCGAGACAAUGAGGUUCUGCUCCAGAGGCGUAAAGACCAGAUCCAGCCCGGCGGCACAACACUCAGUGUUACCGUUCCCUAUCGUGUCAUUGAUCAGCCGCUUAAACUGGCUCCCCAGGACUGGGAUCGAGUGGUGGCCGUGUUUGUGCAGGGUCCUGCCUGGCAGUUUAAAGGCUGGCCAUGGCUGCUGCCUGACGGAUCGCCGGUCGACAUUUUUGCCAAAAUUCGAGCCUUCCAUCUGAAAUAUGACGAGGCAAAGACGGACCCUAAUGUGCAGAAAUGGGAUGUGACCGUCUUGGAGCUGAGCCGCCACAAGCGCCAUCUUGACAGACCCGUCUUCUUACGCUUUUGGGAAACCCUCGACAGAUACAUGGUGAAACACAAAUCUCACCUCCGGUUCUGAGCUCGGAUCAGAGUUUCUCUCUGAAACUCCCUCAGAUUGAUUCCACAGCCUUCCAACUCUGCGCGGUUAACGUGUUUUCCAAGCAACCAAGCCAUCCUCCAACAUGAACCCUAUUUUACCUGGAGGAGGGGGGGACAGAACAUUGAACUUCAGUGAUAACUCCUAAAGCAUUGUUGAGUUUUUCCUUAGAACAUGAGAAACGUCUUUAUGGGGUUUUUCUGUUUCAGUUCCACACUUAUUUUUUUCCAGGUAGUUAAACAGAAAUACCAAAUUAUGAUUGAUGUAAGAGGCUAUUGGCUGUGGAAGUCAUUAAAAAACACGUUACUAAACAACACAGUUGAUCAAUAGGUUUCUGGUUUGCUUUGUUUAGACCGUGGUAUUAAAGAAAUUGUUGCUUUCGGCUCAGAACUGUUCAGAUUGAGGAAAAUAACUGGACACAAAUGAUGCAGAGCUACGUUAGAAGGCAGAGACUUUAAUAACCUUUUGAUUUAGUGUGGUUGUGGUCAGGAUGUACAUACAUGAUAAAACCUGGGAGAGCCAAGAUCUUGGAGCAGAGAAAGCUACAGGUAAGUGAUUUAUGUUAGAAGCCUCUGCUCCGGCUCAGUGAACAACCUAAGUCGGUUCCUACUCCUUCUGUUCAGACCAUCAGCACCUCUACUGGUCAUGUAAUGACUUUGUCUUUUUCUUUGUUGGUGUUGUGCUAGAUGAGAAAUGAUUGCUUUAAGUCAUCACAUCAGAAGGGACGUUAAAGCCUUUGAGAAACACCUACUUGAAUGUUAUUGGCUGUGAUGUACAUGGAUUUCUUUCACUUCAGUACUUAAUAAAGACGAUAUCCCUUUUUCA